UAUGUAAUAAUAAAAACCUUAUAACAAGUUAUUACCUAAAGAAUUUUACAAUUCCACGCUGUUAAUAAUAUUAUUUUCUUAUUUUAUAGUAUUAUAUAUACUAUAAAUACUGAAAUAAUUGAAAAGAGCUACAAGAAGUCUUUGGGUAUAUACUUUUAAGCAACAGUAGCAGCACCAUUUAUGAAAUAUGAGAUUAUGGCAAUAGUAGUUACAACGAUGACAAUAAAGAUUGUUUUAUGUUAAACAAUGUUUUCUUAAAAAUUACAAUUUACAAAACAAAAUAACAAAAUCAAUCUAACACAUGUUGUUUGUAAAUCAAAACCUUCAUUACCGUGUUCAGCUAAUAAUGAGAUCACGAAUGUGACCAGCAGCCAAUUACGACUGUACAGUUAUUGCACUAAUAAAUAUUUGAAGUAACAAAAUUACAAGUGCAAUGGGCAAUAGUUAACGGUUUGUUUUAGAUAAGUGUGCUCGCAAAAAACAGAAUCUGCUGUCAGAUAUAUUACUUAAUUAGUGAAACAAUAACAUUAAUGUCGGUGUCUUAUCUGUCAUAAACUAUGGCGUAUUGCCCGUACAUAGAUACAAAAGAGAAAGGAGUUUGAUGAUGUUGCGUUUGACAAUAUUGUAUUAGAUACAGCUCUCGUCGGCAAUCGACAUUCGACAUGCUGCAUUUUUUAAAUUUAAUGCCAACAAUAAAAAUGCCAUAUACACUAAUACACUAUACAGCGAAACGUUUGAGAUCAGUUAUCACUUAUCACAGCACACAGAAUCAUUUAUCAACACCGCGUUCGGCUGAUGAUAACGGUCCGUCAAGCUGUUCGACCGCAAGUGACCGCGGUUUGGUCGUAACCGCCCACAGCCACCGCGGACGUUAUCAGACCGCUGUAAACGUUAUCAGACCGCCGUCGGCGCGACUCGCCAGUGAGUUUACCAAUUAAUUAUUUUAACAACGACAUCCGGAUUUCGGAAUUUUCUCACGGUGCCACAACCCGGGCUCGCCGACCAAAGGCAUGGCUAGGACACGUGCGACACGUCUCAAACGUUCAAAACAGUGUUCGUCGACGGUUUUGUCACGGAAGUCGUAGCGUAAUCGACUAUAGCUCGGGUAAGUAGCCGGACUUUGCGACGGGUUCGUCGUUUGUGCAAUAAUCGGUAAUCGCACGCUCACGUUUAGGCGCCCGUAUCGUCGUCCAUCGUUCGAUCACGUGAUAAUUCGCUCAUCAUUGUGAAAUAUACACCGCGUAGCCGAACAGUUGACUGCCACGCGCUUAACCGCGAACACGCAGCCACUCGACGACUCAUUCGCCUGGUCACCGGGUGAACGACGAUUACACCUACCUUAUCGGUUAUCUCAAUAUUAUAUUCUGCGCGUCUAACGAUAAUUAUUGUAGCCGUUGUUCGAACGAACGAACGGAGGGAGAUUGUCGUUCCCGGUCCGUUUGUGCGCACGUUAAUCGUUUGUGGCGGUCGCGGAUUACUGCCCUAGAUCGUCUGUCCGGCGCUGUCUGCGAUCUGUUCACCGGGGAAAAACGGAAAAAAAAAACGCAAAACGUGAUCGAAUAUGGCCGUCACCAGUAGUACUACUUCGGCAGAUACUUCUGUUGCUGACGAUUUCCUGGCACCGCACGAGCAGGCGGACACCAUGACGACGACUUCGCCACUGGUCGGCUUGGCCAGCGGGUGCGCCGGCGCCGUGGCUCUCGUGUACGUGGGCCAGCCGUUGGACACGGUUAAGGUACGCAUGCAACUGUCCACGGCCACUCAGGCCGUGACGUCUAGUGGCGGCUUCGGCGGCGGCGUGUCCAUGUGGGAUUGCGUGCGCGACAUGUGGCGUCAGGCUCUGGUCACUCCGGCGGCCCAUCACCGGCCGUUGACGAACAGCACAUCGGCCGCCGGAGCCGUGGUCGAGGCGUGUCCGUUAACGGCCGCCGCGGCUACCCGUCAGCAGACUAGCAAGGUGGCGGCCGCCGGUCGCAUGGCUCGACUCAUGUACACCGGCACGGGCCCCGCGUUGUUGGCCAACGUGGCCGAAAACGGAGUGUUGUUCGCGGCGUACGGCCCGUGUCAGCGGUUGGUGGCGUUUGCUUUGGAUCUGUUCGGCGGGACCGGUACCGGGGCCGUGGACGUGGAGAAAAAACUGGGCCCCGCCGGCAUGGCUACGGCCGGUAGCUUGGCGUCGCUGUGCUCGGCGUUCGCGCUGUGUCCCACCGAGCUGAUCAAGGUCCGCCUGCAGGCGGCCGACCUGGACAGGGCCAACUGCGCGUCCGCUUCCGGCGGUACGUCGGCCGGACGUCCGCACAGCGCCGCGGCCGGCACGCUGCAAGUCGUGGCCCGGGUGUGGACCACCGAGGGCGGUCUCCGUGGCAUGUAUCGUGGACUGGGCUCGACGGUGGCACGCGAGAUGCCCGGCUACUACGUAUUCUUCCUGGCAUACGAGGCGAGCCGUACAUACUUGAACAAUUGGCAUUACGGUGCGCUAAGCUCAUUGGUGACCACUGCGGUGCCGUCGGCGGAACAGCGCGAUGAUCCGGCUUGGGUGACCAUGACCGCGGGCGCAGCCGCUGGUACCUGUCUCUGGCUGGUCGUGUAUCCGGUGGACGCGAUCAAGUCUCGAAUUCAAGCGGCUGGUGGCGUUGGUAGUACGGCUGAAAGUCCGAGUGGCGGUUUCUUGAGAGCCAUGGCGCUGUCCGUGCGCAACGAGGGGCCACUGGCCUUGUAUCGAGGCCUGGCACCCACCUUGCUUCGCACCGUUCCCGCAUCGGCUGUCAUGUUUUGGACUGUAGAGCGCACCAAGACACUACUGUCGGGUUACGGGCUAUGAGAUUUUAGUGUCAUAAUAUAUUCCUACUUGGUCGUUAAUGAUAAUGUUAUGAUAUGAUGCCUAUAUGAUUUUUUUAGAUCAAUGUUACAUGUUUUCAAGUAUGCCUGCUGGUCGAUGUAGGUACACCAUCCACCCGGGACGAUACAGAUUUUGUUUUGUUAUGUUUUAAUUUUGACAACAUAAAAAAAUAUUUGAUGCACAGUUGACUAAAGUAAUCGAUUCAGUUUGCCAUUUCAUCUCUAGUAUUUACCGCAGCAAACUUCCAUUGAUUUGUCAUUUAUUUAUCAGUUGCAUACCCUAAGGUUACCUCUAUACUAUUAGUAAACUAUACUCAUUAUGAUAAAAUUUAAUGUUUCAAUCAUCUCUACGUGUCUAGUGUGUUUCAAGAUAUUACAAUAGUCAAUAGUAGUUACCAAUAAUUAAAUUGAAUUAAUCAUUUUUGAUUAAUAUAUUAUUAUCAUAGCUUAAUUUAAUUGUCCUUGUACGCUAUAUAAUAAUCUUAGCUUUUUAAUUGGUAUAUUAUAUUUAUUUGUGUUUGCUUAAAAUGUGCGAGCUAUUUACUUUGGUUUCCAAUAACUUUUUCACUCUAAACUAUUUUACUAAGAAAAAAAUGAUGAUUUCUUUAUUUUAAUUCUAAAAUAUGUUCUUUUUAAUCAUUUACGCGAUAUAGACACUAAUAAAAAAUAUCUUAUAACGUUUAACACAGAUACCAUUACUUUGCUUCUAAAACAAUAACUUUGAUCCAAGGGUUGUAACUGAUAAUGUCUAAUAUUGUGUUGUGAAAAAUAUAUUUACAGGCUAUUAAGUAAUAAAUUUAUUUUUAUUGUUAUGAACUGUUAAAUAUCAUUUUCAAAGAAUUUUAAUUUUUUUUUUAAUCUAAAUUGCCUAUACAAAUCCCCUUAAAGUUGUUAUUAUAUUGUAUUCAGUGUAGUAUAAUAUAGGUAAUAUUACAUACUAUUAUAAUAU